CCGGUAUCCUGCGCUUUGGUUAGGUGUGGUCGCCAUUUUCCGAAAGCUAUAUUAACCAUUCGAAGCAACCGUUCAAUAAUCGGGCGACGAGCGCACGAUGGCGGCCAUUAGGAAGAAGCUGGUGAUCGUCGGCGACGGCGCCUGCGGUAAGACCUGCCUCCUCAUCGUCUUCAGCAAGGACCAGUUCCCGGAAGUGUACGUCCCGACCGUGUUCGAAAACUACGUCGCCGACAUCGAGGUGGACGGAAAGCAGGUGGAGCUGGCGCUGUGGGACACGGCGGGCCAGGAGGACUACGACCGGCUGCGGCCGCUGUCAUAUCCUGACACCGACGUCAUCCUUAUGUGUUUCUCCAUCGACUCACCAGACAGCCUGGAAAACAUCCCAGAGAAGUGGACGCCGGAGGUUAAACACUUUUGCCCCAACGUGCCCAUAAUAUUAGUCG